AUGAAAAAGCAUCGACUAACAAUUUAUAUUCAAGUUCUUAAUGAAAAAGCAAAUACUUGUAACAAAUUUGCUUUAUGUAAAGCAUGUAUCGAUAAAGUUUCUCGUGAAUAUGCUUAUAGUAAUAAAAUAGUUAACACAAAAAAAUGUGUUAAAAGUCAUUUAUCCAAGUGUGAGAAUUUUUUUGCUAUAUAUGGAGAGGAAAAAGGUUUAGAAAUUCUUCAGGAUACUGAUAGUGAAACAACUAAAGCUCAAAAUAUUUCAAGCAAAAAACGUAGUAAAACUUUUUUUGAAAAUGAUAACUUUAUUAUAAAAUUAAGUGAAGAUAAAUGUGAUUCAGAUAAUGAAAGUGUUAUAACAUUCAAUUCUAAUGCUACCAAUAAUGAACAGGUAAUAAGAGGUGAAAAUUGGGAUACAAUUUUAACUAUAUGGAAUAAGAUGUUAGAUGCAGAAGAAAAUGCGGAACGUCAAAUGAAAUAUGAAGAUAUGCUUGAAAAUAAUAAUAAUUUUGGUGAUGACAUAGCUUCAGCUUAUUUUUCUAACUGA